AUGGAAACAGUUGGUGCUUUGCGGAUUUUUGAAAGGUCAUACAUAUCACGGGGUCUACAAUAUAAGGACAUGCUUGGUGAUGGGGACUCAGCAACAUAUUAUAAAAUUGUUCAGAGCAAGCCUUAUGGAGAUGAAUGUAUACCCAAGAAAUUUGAGUGCAUUGGUCAUGUCCAAAAACGGGUUGGCAGCAGGUUGCGCAAGUUAAAAAGUGCAAAUAAAGGUUUGAAAUUGGCUGAUGGGAAAGGACUAGGAGGCAAAGGAAGAUUGACUGAUGGAAAUAUUGAUGUUUUGCAAAAUUAUUAUGGACUUGCUGUGAGGGAGAAUUUGGAUGAUGUAGACCAAAUGGCCAAAUCGAUUAAAGCAAGUUUAUACCAUGUUGCUUCGACAGAUUUAAACCCUCAGCAACAUCUUUGUCCGAAUGGCGAAGACAGUUGGUGCGGAUACAAGAGGGACGAAGAAUCGUACAAACACAAGAAUGGUAUCCCUGAGUGCAUUGUCAAGAAAAUUAAACCAAUCUUUGAUGAACUAAGCCAACCUCAAUUGCUCCAAAAAUGCACUCAUGGAAUGACACAAAAUGUCAAUGAGUGUCUAAAUGGCCUAAUUUGGGCUCGCUGUCCCAAAACCACAUAUGUGGAACAUGAAACUGUAGCUCUGUCUACAUAUUUGGCUGUCGUGAAAUUUAAUGAUGGGGACAUCUCCUUUCUAAAGAUUGUUGAAGACUUAGAUAUCAAGCCUGGUUCAUUUACUGUACAAGGUUGUCAAGAUUGUGACCAAUCACGAAUUGAGCUGUCGGCCAAAAAGAGCAAGGAAACAGUAAAAAGUAGAAGAAAAACAUUGAGGCAUCUCAGGAAAAACUUUGUUGAUGACAUAGAAGAGAAAGAAGGUGUGGUUUAUGAAGCUGGGAGCUUUUAACACUUUUUAAGGUACAUUGACAUUAAAGCAAAUUUUUCAAUUCAAUUUUCUCAUUUUUGCUAUUUCUCAGGUAUCAUCGAUCUUUGUGACAUCAUAAUUUUGUAAAUAUUAGCUGUAUUAGAUUGAUACUUGGUGUGGUUACUUUCAAUAACAUUAUUAUCUUCAGAUAUUGAUAUUUUUUAUCAUUGAUGAAUUAUUUCCAAAUUGCUUCCUCAAAGGCACUAAUUUAUUAAUAAAAUUAUUCAAAUAUUUAAAAUUUGGCUCAAUUUUUUUUUAAAGGAUUUUAAACAAAAUUGAAGAGCUUUAGGCACUAGUUCAUUCUCCAAGCUUUCUAAAAAUAUAUUGUUCGUUAAAUUUGGUUCAUUGGUUCCUGAGUUAUGAUGUUUCCGAUUCUUUGCAAUUAUGCGUUAAUUAGUGGCCGCCAUAUUGGAUAAUUAGUGUAAUUAAUGUCUUUCCCAAAAUUUUUUUCAAUGGGUCAAUUCUCUUUCCCUUUCCAUUUCUCUUUUCCCUUUCAAACUAUGAUAUUUUCACAUUGAUCUCUUUAAAAACUAAGAAAAAAGUUGUAGUGGGGUUUGACUACUUAAGUACUUCGCUCGAGAGCAUGCACACUAUUUGACACGUGACUUUCACUUCCUUUGUGGCGCAACAUAUUUGCGGCCGCUCUUUGAAGUUCGCCGGCUUUCCAAACCAUCCUAUUUCUAUUAACUGUGGUAAGACUUUGUGACUAAGGCUUUGUGAAAAGCUUUUUUCCUACUAUGUGUAUUCAAUCACAUAACUUGUAAAUUUUGUAAAUUUUGUAAAUAUAAAAGUACUUUUAUCUUCCGACAUUAAUUCAUAGAUCAGUAAACAAUUGUUGUAAUAUAAUGCCUGUAACACAAGUACUUUUUAAUAUUUUUAACUAAAGUUUGUAAAUAACUUCGCAAUUCGCUUUCGAGCGCGAUGAUUUUAUAAUAAACCAUUAAUAAUAAUAAUAAUAAUAAUAAUAAUAAUAAUAAUAAUAAUAAUAAUAAUAAUAAUAAUAAUAAUAAUAAUAAUAAUAAUAAUAAUAAUAAUAAUGGAAACUUUAUUGUAUUUUUUACGUAUAUAUACAAUUGUAAAUCUCACUACUGACUUAGGUAAUUUACAAUUGGCUACAUGAAUCACAGAGUACUACAUAUGUUCUAUUUACAGUAAAAACAAGAAUAAAAUGGGUAUAUGAUUAUAUAUGUUGUUAUAUGUAGUUAUUAAUUUAAAUGUUUAACAAUUCAGGGUUUGUCCACUCUUUGUUUCGACAGCAAAAAAAUAUAGUACGUCGCUCUAAUGUCAUAAGACGUCAUCUUUUUUAUGCAGUAAUGUUGCUGCUUUUUAUCCAUUCCUAUAGUGUCUAACAUUUCUAAAAAGGUGAAGCAUUCUUUGUCAAACACACCGAGAGAGCUCAUUGAUAGGUUUACAAAUUUAGCAGAAUUAAAGUGACCCCUUUGAUCUUCAAUUAGAUCUUUGUAUUUAGCUUUUUUGCGUUCAACGUUAUUACUACAGGGUAUCAAAAUAAGCGCAAUUCAUCUUUUGUGCUUAAUAACUUUCGAAAUACUAUUUCUAGUUAAACGCUUUUAGGCUUACUUCAAAGCCUGUUCUUUUCUCUUUCAAACAAACUAUUAUCCUUGUCUCCAAUGCUAGUAAUAAUUGCACAGGAAAAGAUUUAGUAAAACCUAUCAUUUUUAGUUGCUGUUUAAUUAUGCAAAUUUACUAUGUUAUUAUUUAGUCGGUUUAAAUGUUAGAAUUUUCUUCUUUAAACUUUAAUGUUGCCGUCACUACAUCUGGAAAACCACGUAUAUGAACAAAUUAAUAGUAUUUUAAAAGAGACCAGGUUGUUUGAAAAUCCUAAACGAAUGCUAAAAAUCGUCAAAACAUUCUGGUGUCUGAGCCAGAGUGUCAUCGAAUUGCGAUGUAAUGUAAACAGAAAUUAUAGCAAGUUGAUGUCAGUCAGCUUAGAUGGUCCAAGCCAAUAUUAUAUCGCAUUUGAAGUUUCAAACUGACUUAAAAAUAGUGGAAGAAAAGCCGUAAUUAUACUUAUUGUUACAAUCCAUUUAAUAAAAUGCAACAUUUUUUUGUUUUAAUGAAAAAAUCAGUUAUUUUCAUGAGAACGUUUAGUCAUUCCAUCUCAAUUUUUUUAAUCUCCAAUCGCAAUAACGUAAAGUAUUAUUACCCGUGAACCAAUGAGUCAAAUUUAAAAAACAACCCACUGUUAGAAAGAGGAAUGGCUACGCUUUAAAAUGAAUGUAAACUUUAACGUUUUCGUCUAUUAUUUGUUUAGCAAUUUACAUUUCAGUCGAGGAUUGCGCUUUUUUUGAUACACCCUGUAUAACUAGGAGUUACAAUCGCAAGGAAAGUGCUGCCUCAAACUUGACACUCUCAAAAGAUAAGUCGGAAAAAAGCCUGGGUACUCAUCAGUGCCUUCGCACGAGUUUGUAGUUGGCAUGUAACUCGUGCUUGAAGUUUUGUAAGUGUUUGAAGUUUUGAAUUUGGAGUAACCCAUCGCCCCCACAACGUCUGAAAUGCAGACAUGACUGGAUUUAAUGUUUGGGUUUUCAUUGUUUAUGCUAGGUAUCCUUGAGUUAGGGAUAUAUCGAGUAUCUGGAGUAACUUCGGAUGUUAGAAGACUUAAGGAAAAGUUUGACGAAAGUAAGUUUUUUUUGUUUUUUUGCUGUCAAGCAAAAACAACACACGUAUGAAGAUAGCAAUGGUACAGUACAAAGUGAAAUGCUGUUCGAAUUAUUUGUAUUUUAUCGGUCGUAUAUUCGCCUUUCCCUUUUGCCGCCUGCGCUCCUUCGCCCAGCGGCUACGCCUCGUGUUCCAAGAUCCGCCAUGUAAAGUGUAGUGAAAUGUAUCUCAUCGUAAUAUUAAAUCCUAAGAAAACUAAAGCCUCUGCGGAGGAGAGAGGGUCGUAUACAUUAGUGCUGUUGAUAUUUGAAAAUUUUGCCAUUAACUAGGGUGCGAUAGUUGAAGAUUUUUUGUCGUACCCGACUGGUGCGCCAAUGGUUGUUGCCGCGUACUUGAGCUACUGUAGCACAAACUCAGUACUCAAUGUGUAUUUAGUCUUUAAAAUAAGGUUCAUAAAGCAUAGGUGUCUGAAAAGUAUGUUCCGACUACGAGGUAGAAAAAGAAGCGCAAUUACAUAUACAAACAAUCGACUCAAACGUCCCAUCAGUCCAAUCCUGUUUCAUGCCAAGACAUCUCAGACACAUGAUAUACGAACUAAAUUGCGGUAUUGAAUACCUUGGACUUGGAAAGGUCAUGUGGUACCAGCAAAAAGUAAGUACGCAGAUAGCAAGAGUUCUGUGUACCAACGUGGUACGUCGUUGAAAACAAAGAAGUACCAGACAGUAAUAUUGGCGUAACUCCGGUACGUAAGUACGCGAAUUAUUGCACCCUGCGUUAACAACAAUGAUGUUGGUAAAGGAUAAUGAUGGUAGUGUGGUGGUGGUAAUGAUGGUGAUCUUCACCAUUGUGAUCAUCAUCGUGGCUAUGAUGGUGAUGAUGGUGAUGGUGGUGGUGAUGAUGUUAGUGGUGGUGAUAUUACUGUAUGAUGGUGAUUAAAAUGGUUGGUGAUUCUGGCAGUGAUGGUGAUGAUAAUGCGUGUGAUAUUUAUUGACUAUAUAGGUUUCCUUUUAUUAAUUUUGGGAUCCGUAUUCGUAGUUUUAUCACUAUUUAAACACUUUAUCAACGGUUGGAAAAAAUCACCAUCCAGUGGUAGUAGCGCGGCCAUAACUAAUGACCAACAUAAGUAAAUGUAACGUUAUUUUUGUAUUCAAUGUUACAGACAGUCAAGAAGCUCUGGUGUAUAUCUCCGAAGCAGACAUUCACGCUGUCGCAGGGACAUUAAAACAAUAUUUCAGGGAGCUACCAGAUCCUUUGUUUACGGCGAAUCUUUAUCCCGAGUUCACACAAGCUCUAGGUAUGGUAGUUGUUUUGGUACAGUACCUGUAUACUGUACUUUACUUGACGAGGCAUCUUCAAAGCUAA